AUGGGAAAGCUCUCCUUCCUCAGUGCCCUGUCCCUGGCAGUGGCAGCACCUUUGUCCAACUCCACGUCCGCCAAAUAUGAUUAUAUCGUUAUUGGAGGCGGUACCAGCGGUUUGGCCGUCGCAAACCGUCUAUCGGAGGACCCAAGCGUGAACGUACUCAUUCUGGAGGCCGGUGGCUCGGUCUGGAACAAUCCCAAUGUCACAAACGUGAAUGGCUAUGGGCUUGCAUUUGGGUCUGACAUUGACUGGCAAUACCAGUCCGUCAACCAGCCAUAUGGAGGCAACGUCAGUCAAGUGCUGCGUGCCGGCAAGGCCCUUGGUGGUACUAGUACUAUUAACGGCAUGGCCUAUACCCGCGCCGAGGAUGUCCAGAUCGACGCCUGGGAAACCAUUGGCAACACAGGAUGGACGUGGAAGAAUCUGUUCCCUUACUAUCGGAAGAGCGAGAACUUCACUGUCCCUACCAAAUCGCAGACUUCUCUUGGAGCGUCGUAUGAAGCUGGAGCCCACGGCCACGAGGGUCCCCUUGACGUUGCCUUCACUCAGAUCGAGUCGAACAACCUGACCACCUACCUCAACCGUACCUUCCAGGGCAUGGGACUCCCAUGGACUGAGGACGUCAAUGGCGGAAAGAUGCGCGGCUUUAACCUAUACCCCUCCACCGUGAAUCUUGAGGAGUAUGUUCGCGAAGACGCCGCUCGUGCAUACUACUGGCCUUACAAGUCCCGUCCCAACCUGCAUGUCCUGCUCAACACUUUUGCCAACCGGAUUGUGUGGGACGGCGAAGCCCGUGAUGGCGACAUCACUGCCAGUGGUGUCGAGAUCACUUCCAGGAACGGCACUGUUCGUGUUAUCAAUGCGGAGAAGGAAGUCAUUGUCUCUGCCGGCGCCUUGAAGUCCCCGGCUAUCCUUGAACUUUCCGGAAUUGGCAACCCUAGCGUUCUUGACAAGUACAACAUCCCCGUCAAGGUCAACCUCCCUACUGUCGGUGAGAACCUUCAGGACCAGGUGAACAGCCACAUGGAUGCGUCGGGCAACACUUCCAUCUCUGGAACCAAGGCAGUCUCUUACCCCGAUGUCUAUGACGUCUUCGGUGACGAAGCCGAGUCGGUCGCCAAACAGAUUCGUGCCAACCUGAAGCAAUACGCCGCCGACACCGCCAAGGCCAACGGAAACAUCAUGAAGGCCGCCGAUCUGGAGCGUCUCUUCGAGGUCCAGUAUGACCUUAUUUUCAAGGGCAGAGUUCCAAUUGCAGAAGUCCUGAACUAUCCGGGCAGCGCGACGUCCGUGUUUGCAGAGUUCUGGGCCCUCCUUCCCUUCGCUCGUGGAAGUGUUCAUAUCGGUUCUUCAAACCCGGCCGAGUUCCCUGUCAUCAACCCCAACUAUUUCAUGCUCGACUGGGACGCGAAGAGCUACGUCGCCGUUGCAAAGUAUAUCCGCCGCUCGUUCGAGAGCUACCCUCUCAGCAGCAUCGUUAAGGAGUCUACCCCUGGCUAUGAUGUUAUCCCCCGGAACGCUUCUGAGCAGAGCUGGAAAGAAUGGGUCUUUGAUAAGAACUAUCGUUCCAACUUCCAUCCCGUCGGCACGGCUGCCAUGAUGCCUCGUGAGAUUGGCGGUGUCGUGGACGAGCGUCUGAAUGUCUAUGGUACUACGAAUGUCAGAGUUGUCGAUGCCUCGGUGCUUCCGUUCCAGGUCUGCGGCCAUUUGGUGAGCACCCUAUACGCUGUGGCCGAACGGGCAGCGGAUCUCAUCAAGGCCGAUGCUGGGCGUCGUUAG